UCUCUUUGCAACUAAACUGAAGGGCUUGUGCACACAGAACCAGCUUUAAUUAUCUUUUUUUUUUUUUUCAAGUACUUUGGGAAAUAAUCAAAGAAAAAAAAUCUAAAUCUAUGUUGCUUUUAAAUGGAUCCCUUGUUGAAGUGUGGGGGUUGACAGCUGUCCCAGAAAAUCAGGGCCACGGUGAAUUAGGAUGAUGUUGACUGAUGUUUGGCUUGGUGUUUCUUCCAUGGUAUACCAACUUCCUCGGCAAAACAUACCACAGGUGAUUACAUGGAACUAAAAAGAUGAAUAAAAAUAAACUGAUUCAUGAUUUCCUGGAAGUAGUUUCAAGAGGUGAUGUGAAACUCAUCUGUGACCAUAUUAGUAAAGUCCAUUCCACCCUCGGAAACCUUAACUUUCAGCAUCCAAAGACUGGGAAUACACCUCUCAUUACUGCAGCAGCAGAAAAUCUAACAGAGGUUGUUGGAUUUCUUCUGGAAAAGGGAGCAGAUACCACCCUUUGCAAUUACAGCAAUAAAACCGCAGUCCAUGUGGCUAAAAGUGAUGUUCAGAGGCAACUCCUGGCCAUGACUGGAAUCCAGGCUCCCCAAAUGCAACUUCUACGAAGUUCGUGGCAAGGCGAUCUUGAACAACUUCAGCACUUGCUGGCAUCCGAAGAGCUCCUAGAUAUAAAUUUCCCGAACCAACAUGGCUUGACUCCUCUGAUGCUGGCUGUGAGAGAUGUGGAUCUGUUUGAGAGUCUUGAUAUGUUCACCCUCUACAGACCUGCAGAAGUUCUGUCUGAGCUUCUCAGGCAUCAUGCAGAUCCUAAGCUCUGUGACUUUAGUGGAAAGUCAGCAAUACAUUAUGUGUCACAAAUAGAGAGUUUCAGGAAACAGCAGUUAUUGGACAUUCUAAUGAAUUCUAUGCCAAAACCAGAAAGACAUGAUGAACCAUUACUUGACAUUUGUCAGGAUACAAACUCUUCUCCAACCGAUAUGAUAACAGUUACCAAAAAACAAAAUAUAAUCUUGCAAAGCAUCAGUAGCAGUGAGGAGUUUGACCAAGAUGAUGACUGCAGUCAUUCCAUAUGGACUGGUGAAGAAGGAAAGCCAAGUGGUGAAAGACAAGACUGGCCACCCAGGACGGAAGGUGUUGAGAUUAUCGUUACAUUUCCAAGAGAUGUCAAUCAUCCCCAAGAAAUGAGCCAAGAAGAAUUACAAGAAAACAAUCAGAUAACCUCGGUGCAGCAGGAGUGGGUACCAGCACAUUCUGGUUCACUUCCAAAUGAAAUUGAGAUGGGGGGCUCCAGGACAAAGACGGUGGCCACACAGCCUUUCCCUCUGAAGGGAGAGGAACAUUCCAAAGAGCUCUGCAAUGUGAACGUGGGCUUUUUGUUGCCGAGACCUUGCUUAGAACCGAACAUCUCUAAGUCUGUAGCCAGAGAAGACGUUCCUCACUUCCUAAAGGGGCAGCAGAGAAAAUCCGAAGAGUUUUCUACCUCUGAUAUGAAAUAUAGCAGCCGAAGAAUUGAGUUCCCUCUGCCACCAUUAUCACUCUUGCCUAUGAGAUCUGGCCUACUUACAAUCCCCCCAAGUCACAAGGAUCAAAAAGAGAGAGAAAUAAAUAUUCCAAGCCUCAUAGCCUUCAUACCGAAGCUCUCAGCAUCUGUUAGCCAAUCUGAUGAAUUUAAACCAACAAACAUGCAGAAGGAAACACCGUUCAAGGUGUUAGUGGAUCAGACCCUCAGGUCCUGGGAUAACUCUAUUUGGUCCAGAAACAUGUGCUCUUUUUGGAAGGCUCACCGUCACAGACAACACUUGGAGGCCGAGGAGAAUAGGAAACCCAGGGAAACCGAAGGAUGUGUCAACAUUGAAAUCUCUCGCUUUGAGAAAGGGCACUCUUUGGCGUCCUUUGAGAAUUUCAGGGAAGGCAAUAUUCCUUUAGAGAGGGAAAUGGACAUUGACUGCCAUGGUGAUGAACUGAGAAAAGCAGAAGGGAACUCUCAAACUCUUUCAUCAGCAAAGAAAGAGGGUUCCGUAGCCAGAAACUGUGAACAAGAUUCAGAAGUUGGAUAUACUCCACCAAUCAAGUUCCAAGAAGCCCUGCCUUCACAAAUAACUCUAAGCCAGGAUGAAGGGACUAGAAAUGAUAGAGCUUAUUCAAAAAGUGCUUCAGUACAUAAAGGGGAAGCAAUUGAGCUAAAUCACUUUUCAGAUGAGUACACUCUUCUUAAAAAUUUGUCCAAUGUAUUCACUGAUGAGCCCAUUGAAAAGCUCCCAGCAGAUCAUAGCAGCAUGGAGACCAACAUAAAAAUAGAGGAGGCAACCAAACCAGAAAUUAAUGGGAUGGUGCCUCUGAUCCACAUCAAUUUCCCUGGAGAUGGAACUCCCAAGGAACCAUCCAUAACCAAACCAAGCCUCCAAAAAAGAAAGGGCAUCCUCCAUAACAACAGUAGCUUCAACAUCCUUGUACAGCAAGAAAAUGACAGGCAUAAAGUGAAAAUCCAUAGAAAUAAGUUGGAUUCAAAGAUCAAGACCAGUAACAGGACACCUCAGAAUUUCACGAUUUCAAAUGACAUUUCCAUGAAGCCUCCCAUGCAUAAAACUGGCGUAAAAACCCAAGUUUUUCCUGCUCUGGGGCUCAUGGACCCCAGACCUCGGCAAUUACCCAAGUUUCAAAGGAGGAUGCCACAGACAGAAAAGAAGCAAUCAGCUUUCCGUGCUCCGAAACCUAAAAAGCAGUCAUUCCCUUGCAUCUGUAAAAAUCCAGAAAUAAGAAAGUCUUCUGUUCCUCUCUCUGUUCAACCAACAGAGCCAAGACUAAAUUACUUAGAUCUGAAGUAUAGCGACAUGUUCAAAGAAAUCAAUUCAACUGCGAAUGGACCUGGAAUCUAUGAAAUGUUUGGGACCCCUGUUUACUGUCACAUGCGAGAGGCUGAACGGCAUGAAAACAGAUAUUACCGAGAGAUUUGCUCAGCUCCAUCGGGCAGGUGUAUCACCAAUAAAUGUCGAUCAGUACACAGUGAGAGGACCAGCAAUAGUCGAACAAGACUGUCUCAGAAAAGACUGCAUCUUAAACCCCCAAAGUCUUCGCUUGGCAUUAAACAAAAGCACAAAAGUUUGAUUUCUAAAGAAAAGAGUUGCAAGACUGUAGGUAACAACCCACCAGCCACUGAAAAUGGUGAUGGUAUUUCAGAACCAGGGUGGCAGGCAAAGUCUUCAGGAAAGGACUUUCUAUCUUCCCGAGUUGAAGUUCAGCCCAUGCACUUGGUUCAGACUCAUGAGCAGUCCAUUGAACAGAACGAAUCCCUUCCCGUCUCAGAUCUGUCCAUUGUUGAAGAAGUCUCUAUGGAAGAGUCUGCUGAUGAAGAAGAUGUUUCUAACAAUCAGAUCCUUGCCACAAGCCUCAGAGAUCUGCAUGAGCUUGAAGAGCUCCAUCAUCAGACUCCAUGUGUCCUUUCAGAAGACAGCUGGGCAGUGCCCAGGGAAGAGAGUUCCAACAAGCAUGUACUACAAGAAAAGCAGAACAUGGCAUCUCUUGGUAAAACAAAUGCCAACCAAGUUUUAACUAAUGAUGUAGAGUUUGAUAGCCUUUCAGAGAAGUCUAAGACAUGUAUGAAUUUCUCUUUCCAAGAGAAACAGAAUAGUGCCUCUUCCCAAGCAUAUCAGCAUUGGGCAUGUUCUCUGGAUCAUGAUAGUUUAGCUAAGAAGUCAAUUUCUUAUGAAACAUUUGGAAAAACUUUAAAUGAUGCAGAUUCAAUUUCCCAAGAAAUCUUAGACUCUGUAAACAAUGAAGAAUUGACAGAUGAACUCUUAGGUUGUCUAGCCGCAGAACUAUUAGCUCUUGAUGAGAAAGCUAACAACUCUGGCCAACUAAUGACAAAUGAAAUGGAUCCUGAAAACUUAAAUCUUGUCCUCAGUCAGAGAGGAAAUACCAUGCAAGAAUUAGGUGAAGAAACAACAAAUGUCAAAAUACAGAGAUAUGGUAAUGGGUUCAGGAUCUAUGACAAAGAAGAGAAAAUUUUCAACUCCUAUGAAAAAAUAUUUUCUGAAAAUAGUUUAAAAUAUGAAGAACCUGUCCUGUGGACCAAGGGUGAGAUCCUUGGGAAGGGAGCCUAUGGCACAGUAUACUGUGGUCUUACUAGCCACGGAGAGUUAAUAGCUGUAAAACAGGUGGCUUUGGAUACCUCUGAUAAAUCAGCUACUGAAAAAGAAUACCGGAAACUGCAGGAAGAAGUAGAUUUGCUCAAAGCAUUGAAACAUAUCAACAUUGUGGCAUAUUUGGGGACAUGUUUGGAGGAGAAUAUUGUAAGCAUUUUCAUGGAGUUUGUUCCCGGCGGUUCAAUCUCUAGUAUUAUAAACCGUUUUGGGCCACUGCCCGAGACGGUGUUCUGUAAAUACACAAAACAAAUUCUACAGGGUGUUGCCUAUCUCCAUGAGAACUGUGUAGUGCAUCGGGAUAUCAAAGGAAAUAAUGUUAUGCUUAUGCCAACUGGAAUAAUAAAGCUGAUUGACUUUGGCUGUGCCAAGCGUUUGGCUUGGGCUGGCUUAAAUGGCACCCACAGUGACAUGCUGAAGUCCAUGCAUGGGACUCCAUAUUGGAUGGCCCCAGAAGUCAUCAAUGAGUCUGGCUAUGGACGGAAGUCAGACAUCUGGAGCAUUGGCUGCACUGUGUUUGAGAUGGCCACAGGGAAGCCUCCCCUGGCUUCCAUGGACAGGAUGGCAGCCAUGUUUUACAUUGGUGCACACCGAGGGCUGAUGCCUGCUUUACCAGAACACUUCUCAGAAAACGCAGCAGAUUUCGUGCGGGUAUGCCUAACCAGGGACCAGCGUGAGCGACCUUCUGCUAUCCAGCUCCUGAAGCACUCCUUCUUGAAAAUAAGUCACUGAACAUACAUCAAAACAUACUUUCCAGCUCUAUUAUAGAUAACUAUUGUUACUGCUUCAUUGUGGAAAUGAUGGUUAAGGGAUCUUUGUUUUCUUACUGGAAAGUCAAUCUAACCCAAUUUAACCAGAUCCUGCAGUGUUGCUAACUGAAAAGUUUCAGUUACAGAUUAGCCUCAGCUAAUUAGCCUCAAGCUUCAGGAGCAAUUACCCAUGUAUGAGAAACAACAAAAACCUAUUCCAGUGUUUAAAGUUUUGAUCAUCCAGAAACUAUAAUCUCUAUUGCUUUAUAUGACAUUUCCUUCUAUUUUUGCCCUGUCAGUUUUAACUGUAGAAACAAGAAGAAAAUGUAUUUUCUUGCUUGGUGGGUAAAGAUGGCUUAUUUAAUUCUUACAAAGGAGAGUAGAGGAAGGUGAGAAAUUUUUGUGUUUUUUGGGGUUUUGUUUUUUGCUGUGCCUGCGUCUUACUGAAGUUCCCCAGCCAGGGAUCAAACCCGCACUACAGCAGUGACAUGAGUGACAGUAGUGACAAUGCCAGAUCCUUAACCUUCGGAGGCACUAGGGAACUCCUAGGCAGCAAUAGUGUUGCAGAUUAUAGGCGCCUCAAUGUUAGCAGGAAGAGUUAAGGGGCUUGGCCUUUCAUUAUCAGAGGCUCCCCUAAUUCCUCAAAAGUCUCCACUUACAAGAAGUUGGGCUAUUAAGGUGGCUCCUUAAAACUCAGGCUGUCUUCCCUGUAAUUUACGAUUUGAGGUCUUAUUUGCAAAGUGAAUUAGGUCAUUUGCACAUUGAGAACCAGCUCAGCAUAAGCCAGUUGAUGAGAUAAAAGCUCCAUCUGUUAAGGGGUCAGCAUAUAAAUUUCUCCAGGGCAGUUUGCUCACUUCACCUGAAGGAAGGCCAUCCCCACUGAAGUCACUAUUCACUUUUAUCCUCGGGACACUGGAAAACCUUGCAAAAAUGAACAGGGACAUGUCACAAUUACUACAUAGCCUUCAGUUAGUUAAGUGUUCUUAAGGUUUCUGGGGUUCCCGUCGUGGCUCAGUGGUUAACUAAUCAGACUAGAGAACCAUGAGGUUGUGGGUUUGAUCCCUGGCCUCGCUCAGUGGGUUAAGGAUCUGGUGUUGCUGUGAGCUGUGGUGUAGGUCACAGACGGGGCUCAGACCCAGCAUUGCUGUGGCUCUGGUGUAGGCUGGCGGCUACAGCUCCGGUUAAAACCCUAGCCUGGGAACCUCCAUAUGCUGUGGGUGCGACCCUAGAAAAGACAAAUAAUAAUAAUAAUAAUAAAGUUUUCUGUUGCUGUGACUCCAUUCAUCUACUAAAUUUCAUUGACAUUUAUUGUUUUGGCUGCACACGAGGCAUGCAGAAGUUCCUGGCCUGGGACAGAAAGAGAACCACAGCAGUGACAAUGCCAGAUCCUUAACCCACUAGGCUGCCAUGGAACUCCUGAACCUAUGGUUUUAAGCUAGGUCUACAGAUUCUUUUUACUAGUUGCUAUCAUGUGAAGAUGGCAUAACUUCAAACUAAUUUUGGGUGUAUUCUAACACGAGUUAUCAAGCUUUCUCAAAAACAAGCUGCUGCUUCAGGAGUUUUUGAAAUAAAUGUGAAAUGCAGUCCAGCUGAGGUAAAGAUUUUACUUUGGCGGACAUGCUUAGAAGUGUCUCUGUGGGUAUACCUUCCUUGUCUCUCCCCAAUUUGUAUAGCUCUCCCCUUAUAUUUGAUGAAAUCUUAAGGGAUAUUGUCCCUUAUUUUACUUACUUAUCAACUUUUUUUUUUUUCUUUCCCUUUUUGGGGUUGUACUGAGGCAUAUGGAAGUUCCCAGGCAAGGGGUCAAAUCAGAGCUGUAGCUGCUAGCCUACGCCACAGCCACUACCAGGACAGAUCCAAGCUGUGUCUGCAACCCACACCACAGCUCACAGCAACACUGGAUCCUUAACCCACUAAUAGAGGCCAGGAAUGGAACCUGCAUGCUCAUGGAUACUAGUCGGGUUCCUACCCCACUGAGCCACAAGAAGUCCAAAAGCUUUUCAUUUUUCACUUAGCCAUCCCUUAAAAAACAAAAUACAUUGCCUUCCCUUCUACGAUUAUCCUCCCUUCUAAGCAGGCAAUUCCCCAGUUUUCAAGCCCUUUCAAGUCAUUUCGUUAGGUACUUGGACUGGCCUCAAGCUCAACAAAAGGAAAUUUAACUCCUCAGGUAAAACCCUAAAAGUAGUUUCAACUCUAGAGCAUCUCCUUAGCUUUAACCUACUUCAGCAUUAAUAUGGUGGACAUUUCUCAGUAGCUGAAUUAAGAGUCACCAAUGUAGAAAAGAAUUUUUAAGCUCUGGAGUAUGAGAUUCCCUUUCUUGGCUUUACCCACUCUCCUGCUUUGUCCACGAUGGUGAUCCUGGGCCUUUAAUGUAAUGAGUAGCUCCUAGAUAACCACUAAAUCUGUUCAGCGAGCAUCUAGUUUCCUUCACCUAACAGGCCAUCUUUAUUCCUACUUGUUGCACUUGCAAGGAUUCAGUUUAAAGCAGCUAUGUAAUAAAGCAGCUUGCAUUUGAAGUUUUGGGUGAUUCAACUUGAAAGUACUGGGUGUAGGCAGCCUGUAUAUUCAUUGAUAAUGAACAUCUUUUUGUCUUUUCUAGGGCCACACCCACAGCAUACAGAAGUUCCCAGUUUAGGGGUCCAAUCAGAGCUGUAGACACCGGCCUAAGCCAGAACCACAGCAAUGCGGGAACCAAGCUGCGGGUCUGUGACCUACACCACAGCUCACCACAACGCCGAACCCCUGACCCACUGAUCGAGGCCAGGGAUCGAACCGGCAACCUCAUGGUUCCUAGUUGAAUUCAUUAACCACUGAGCCACGACGGGAACUCCGAUAAUGAAGAUCUUUAAGUUUCGUGAGUUCCCAUCAUUAGGGAUCUGGCAUUGCCGUGUGCUGUGAUGUAAGUUGCAGACACGGGUCAGAUCUGGCAGCGCUGUGGCUGUGGCAGAGGCACACGGUUACAGCUCUGAUUCAACCCCUACCCUGGGAACCUCCAUAUGCCAAGGCCCUAAAAAGAUCAAAGACAAAAAAAAAAAAAAAGUUUUGUGCAUGGCACUGUACUGUGAAAAGCUGAAAUACCAAACACUCUUAAAAAAAAGCUGUAGCAUUUGGUCUCAUCAUGACUUACAAACCUGUGAAAACCCAUGACUGAAUUCAUGUCUAAAGCAAUUGUUUCUAUGGAUUAUGACUUGAAAGACCAAAGAAAAUGAUCCUGGGUAUAUGCUUGGAUUUUUGUAAGGUCUCAAUAAGCCUGUUAAUUUCAUGGCAAUACAAUUAAAACCCCUCAUUUAGUAAAGCCCUACAUUGCUUUGAGGAGUGGUGGUGGUUGCAGGAACAGGCAAGUUAUAAAGUUAAAACAAAAACAUACAAUAUUUUCCAUUAUAUUAAAAAUAGCGGAGUUCCCGUCGUGGCGCAGUGGUUAACGAAUCCGACUAGGAACCAUGAGGUUGCGGGUUCGGUCCCUGCCCUUGCUCAGUGGGUUAACGAUCCGGCGUUGCCGUGAGCUGUGGUGUAGGUUGCAGACGCGGCUCGGAUCCUGCGUUGCUGUGGCUCUGGCGUAGGCUGGCGGCCACAGCUCCGAUUCAACCCCUAGCCUGGGAACCUCCAUAUGCUGCGGGAGUGGCCCAAGAAAUAGCAAAAAGACAAAAAAAAAAAAAAAAAAAGCAGUGGGAGGGUAGUGGAGAAACUAUGGAGUGGAGUGAAUUACUAAAUGGUAUUAUUAAUUUUGGUUAAGUGGAAUUACUUUGUAAUGUUCUUAAAUAAAACUCUUGUGAUUUAUUAUAUGCUAAAAACAAAAAGCCCUUACUGGUGUUUAUCAACAUAAAAUGAAGACAAACUUCUAAUGAUGCCAAGACAUUUAUUUUACAUUUAGGCUUAAAAUGAAUGUUAGAAGUAACUUUUCUAUCCUAGCUCUAUUUCAUGAAAGCCACUGCAAGGCUGCCAUUUUCUUUCAAGUGGGAGGUGCAGGAAAAUUGCUGAGGGAGGAAAAAAGGCGAAUGAAGAGAGCAGCAAUAUUAAAGCAGGUUAUAACUAAACUUUUUACAGAAUAAAAAAAAAAACUUUUUACAGAAAAUCUCCCUUCUAGAUAAUUUCAAAUACUCCUGCUUUUUGUCGGUGUGCUGCAAGAGGGCCCACAAGAAAAUCGCAGUGCAAAUCAGCAUGAACAACUUAAAUUCUGAAGACAUGCAGUGUUUAAUACACACUCAAGUUUAUCACCCUUGGAUUGGCCUUUGCCACUCCAAUAUCCAUAAUACACUUUUAAGAUUCUCUCCAAUGCCAACUACUCUAUUUAACUUUCCUCAAUCACCCAAGCCUUAAACCACAUAACCCAAUGAAUAGGUACUAUAACUGACAUUUUGUAGAUUAGGAAAUCAAGGCGCAAAAUCAAGUAAUUUACUCAAGGACAUCAGCUACUAAGCGAUGAGGCUGAGAUUGGGAUUUGGACAGUCUGGUCCCAGUGGCCAUACUCCUUGGAUAUGAAGUCACUCAAAUAAGUAAUAAUGUUUAUAUUAAGAAACCUUAUUUCCCACAUCUCCCAGGGGCUGAAAGUUAACAAGACAUGUUAGAGCCUUGGAUUUAUGUUGUCAAUAAACAAACUUUAUUAAUAAUUCCUUGUAAUAGAUACUGAGCUGAAAUUCAAUGUCUAAUUGAAUUCAUGCCAUAUACACAUACCCCUGUUUUGGAUUUUUUAUCAGCAAACAUCCUGUUCAAUAGUCCUUGGGGGUUUUGAGUACAUUCAGAAAAUGAAAUCUCAAUUAUUGCUGACAAAUGAGCACAUGUGAAAACUUUCAAACUAAGUGAAACUGCUUGAAAAACACAACUUAAAAAAAGAAUGUACUCAUUACUUAACAGGCAAAUAAAAUUAAACCAAAUACUAAACAAGUUUUAAGUGAGGCUUCUUCCCCAAACUUGGAAAUAAAGGAAAUUAGCUGUCAGAAUUUAUUUGAGAUGAAUGGAUCACAGAGAACAGGUUAAUUCACUUUUAUGAGACCAGAAUCACUCCUAGCCACACAACCUUCAAUGUAUCUUGCUUAUCAAGCUACCUUAAGAAACUUCAGGCAAAAUACAUACCAAUAAGUUAACAGAACGAGAGGAGUCACAGAAACAAAAGCUGGCUGUGCCCAAAUUAACAUUAUGGAAUAAAAAAACAGAUGCAUAGUAUCAGAUCUGAAACACUUGGAACAUUCUAGACCCACUGGCAAGAUCAUUUCUAUUGUAAUGAGAGCAGAUGUUUCAGAGGCAAACUUCUCUUACAAACAAACUUCUGAUCAUUUGGUUUAUGUAUGUGUCAGUUUAGAGCAAUCAAAUUUCAUUAACAUAGCUGUGAAUUCUCAAGUUAACUCACUGCUACUCUAUCUUGGCACCCUUGGAGGGCAGGAAUAGAAUGUGCUUUUCCAAUGCAAAAUUUUGCAUUGCUUUUCCAAUGCAAAAUUCCCUACUUAGCCUGUCAUAAAACUACCACGAGAUUAGCAUUUAUCACCAAGUUUUCCCCACCUGUGGGAUUUGUUGAUCCUUCAUCUGGGUAAAUGUGGUUAGAGAAUCCUACUGCCUCUCCAAUAAGUGGAGACUGCUGAAAUUAAGAAUUUUUCAUAACAAAACUCUCAAAUUUUUCUCAGUAAAGGUAUCUUAAAAAUCAUCUAGCCAUUUAAGCAUGGUAGUAGGUGAGAAACAGCUGCUUUAUUUAGAUAAAAUUUGGGAAUGGUGAGGUAUCGACAAUACAACUAUUUUCCUUUAGAGAGAUUACCACAUUUUAAAAAAUCCUUACUUGUUUACAUAGUAAAUAUAAAACCCUAAACUAUCUAAUCAACCAAAGGUACUUAAGAGAGUAUAUUAUAGUCUUGCAUAUAUAAGCAGUGGUUUAUUUCUAAGAUUAGUUAAGGAAGAAAAAUUAGUAAUUUAAAUUCUCAAAUAUAACCAAAAAAUGCUUAAAUGCUUUUAAGGCAAGACAUUUGGUAACUAACAGAACACCUCAAAUUUGGUUAUCUGAAGUAGACCUCAACUAGUCAUUUCUUUAGAUCAAAGAGGAUAGACAGGCCAGACAAGUAAGGAAUCUACAUAAUUAUAAUCUGUUGGUACUAAGUAAUGUGAGUACCCCUCAUGACAUUCCCAAUGAAAUCCAACUAUCACCACGGUAGAAAUUUUCUCUGACUCUUAAGAACUCUAACUGGAAUGAAUCUGCAUACAUAGAAGAUCAAAGGUACUUUUCCUGCUUUCAAAGAUAAACGUAGGGGUAACUAUAUGACUUCAAAGUAUUUAAAUACCUGUAACAAAAAUGAACCUCAGGUUAAACAAGAUAAAAGAACAUUCUGUAAGGUCUUAACACUAGAUACUACCAUGUUUUUUUUUGUUUGUUUUUGUUUUUGGUAAAGUAGACCUUGAGAAUGUUUCUUUGAAAAAAAAAAA